AUGUCGCCAUCUGCUGAUUCAAUUGUUGAUACGUCUUUUCAAGGCCAAAGAUUAUCUAUCGUUGUCACUGGAGGCGCAAGUGGCAUUGGUUUGGCUAUCACCCGUCACUUCGCUGCACAGGGCCACAUGGUUGCCGUUCUUGACGUCAACUCAAAGACUGGACCAGAUGUUGUUGCGGAAGUGUCAAAGCAGUACCCUCAAGCCACCGUCAGUUUUCGAUGGUGCGAUGUUUCUUCCUGGGAAGGACAAUACGCGGUCUUUGACCAGAUCUAUCGUGAGCACGGAGACCGAAUCGAUAUUGUUAUCGCCAAUGCAGGAAUCUCUGAUCCUGUAGUCGGAGCCCUCGAUUGCACUCCAACAGAGUUUCCCCGGAAACCGAACCUGAAAAUGCAGGAUAUUAAUCUCAAUGGAGUAAUUUACAGUGUUGGACUUGCUGUGCAUUAUAUGCUCAAGAACGAAGUCGGAAGUCGUCUUCCAAAUUCGAGAGGCUCUGUUGUUUGCACAUCAUCAUCAGCUGCCAUCUAUCCGUUCCCUGUUUCGCCGCUCUAUUCUGCAGCAAAGUCCGGCAUUAUAGGACUGGUUCGUUCCAUGGCUAUCAGGCUUGAAGAACCCAAGAUACAGAUCAACGCUCUUGCACCCGGAGUCCUGGAAACAAACAUCACUCCGGAUAAGGAACUCUUCAAGGCGAUGAUAAUCACGCCACUCUCAACCUUGACAAAGGCUGUUUCGCAAUUCGUGACAGACCCUUCGAGGACUGGUCAGGUGGCGGAACUGAAUGAGGAGACUAUUACACUGAGACCUCAUGCGGAAUAUGCUGAUGCUGGGGCGGAACAUAACAACAAGAUGUUUUAUAAACUAGGUCAUGCUUGA